AUGGAGUACAGUUUGAAGAAGGGCGCAAAGGCUCCAUUCUGGAAUAAGAUCAGGACUCUGUUGAAGCUUGAGAUCGAUAAAGAUCUAAAGCACCCUGAUCAUACUAUCAAGCAAAUGUCUGAUGAGCGACGUAUUCUUGUCCAACAAGAAAGGAAGGAAAGCGGAACUGUCCAGCUAGAUAGUGAAAUGGAUCAAAACUUGGACCGGUGGAUUGAGCGGGAAGAUGAAUUGCUGAAGGAAAAGCAAGAUGCGAAGAAGCCAAUGGAUGCGCUUGAGCAUGAAGCUGCACAUGCUGCGGUCCAUCGAGAUAAUCUGUUACUCUCAUGCAGUAAUAAGCGCAUGUAUGUGUCUGAGGAGGAUUUUGAUUCUGAUGAUACAGAAGACGCGUUGUUGCCAGAAACACCUGUAAGAAGAGCGGAUUCUGCUGCAGGUUCCUCUCAGCCUGUAUAUUUGCGUGAGGGAGUUGAGGAUGAUGAGAGGGAUAGUUUGAACGCUGUAUCCAGAAUUAGACGCAUGCGGAAAAGAGCACGGAAUCAAGAUAGAAGCAAGGAGGAGACUGUUAAAGAGGAGAGAAUUGUUAGCGCAUUGGGUAAUGUUGGAGCUUUGAUGGCGGGUGCUUUGGAAAAACUUGCAUCUUCAAAUUCAGGUGCAGACCGCGCGCAAGAGAAUAUUCAUGAGGAUAGUAUAGCAAGAGAGGAUGCGCGGAGAGCUCUUAAUGCAGUGGAUAGCAUCAGCAACGAGCUAACAAGUCUUCGAAGCACUGUUCAGACAGAAAUUGGGGAAACAAAGGAUAUGUUGAGGUUGAUUUUGGAGCGAUUAGGUAGCGGUUCAAAUGAUUCACGCCCUAACAAUACAAACUAG